AUGGAGUUUUGCCUUCACCACUCCCUCGCCCUGUCUGCCGGGGUGUUCGUGAACGCUGUCGACACUACGCCGGACAUCCUUGUGUGGGGCCUGGACCGUGACCGCGGCCUCCUCGGAAACGACGUGCAAAGCCGUCUCAGGGGACACGAGGGGCAGGUCCAACGGUCCGUGUCGUGCUUUGCUUUGGUGCCGAGGUCGACCGAUCGGCCGAUGCUGCUCGUUGCCGGAAUGCUGGAAACGGCCGGGCUGGAUAUUUUCGCGCGGGUGGAAAAGAGGGUCCACGAGGAGCUCAUCAAAGCGGAAUUCUGUCCAUAUCUACAGAGGCUUGUUACCGUCAGCGCACGACGGGUGACCAUCUGGGAUGCCAAAAGCGGCGAGGCGUUAACCACCCUGACGUCGGAGCGCUUGCUGGGAAAUGACCAGGCGGAUAUCACAGCGUUUGCGUCAGACCACCAGGUUUGGUGUGUCUUCAGCAUCGGUGGGGAUGGAGAACUACACGUCCUUGACGCCGCCGACGAGAAGGGAUACAUUAAACCGCCUCCGCCAUCGGCCGGUCGAAGGUGUAAGCGGUUACAACCUCCCCUCGCUGCUAGAGGAGACACAAGCAGCAGGGACAACGCCGUCAACCACGCCGAAGACGACCAUGACGCAAUUGGCAACUCUGACGACGACCUUAGCGCAGGGCAGCUCCGCAGCCGAAGGGGGGCCUCGCGUCUUGCGAAGCAGAGCAAUUUUCAGCCUAAUGGGGGGGGUAGGUCGGAGGAAAUAGGAACAGGAGGCCUCACAGCUAACCCCGCUAGUCUAGGUAUACGAAAAUGCGGAGCACCAAGGGCGGCAAAAGUUGGUGCUUGUGCCGGAGCGGAGGUGGGGAAGGCAAACAGAAAAGGAGGGCGAUCGGUUCUUCUCCGGCAAGUUGUUUUCGCUUCGAACGAUUCUGAAGACCCCAGUGACGUAGGGCAUAGCAGCGUUGACGAAGACAAGAACGCAGACGCUGCCCGACCAGACAGGCGCGAGGCUAGAUCACCACCUCAGCAGGAGGAGAAGGAGCUUCUGGGCACUGCUGAGGAAAGUAGUCGGGAGUCUGGGAUGUUGAAUCACAGGGUAUGUCCAGCAGAGGAUGCCCUGGCUUCUACAGGAACAGCGGCGCCUUCGAUGAAGUCUAGGUGGGCCAUCCAUCGGCCGUUCAACUGUGGUAGUGCCUCUACCCGUGUCGGACGAGCAUCCUCAUCACUCCAUCUUUGGGAUGCCGAAAGGAUGAGCCUACUGGGGACUCUCUUGGUCCCCUGCCUUGCCCUCACGAGAGACCUGACCAAUGCAGCAGCGGCUUUCAGCGUGCACCGUCGCUGCGCCGCGGUUGCUCAACCCCCGGUCGACCCAAGCGCAACAGACUCGUCCUCAACUCCGGUGGAAUCCUCACAUGGAAACAACAAAGACAUGGGCGGAGAUAACCCUACCGCUACCGUAGGGAAAAAGACGACGACCACGACGUCGCAACCACCGGUGCGACAUACCGCAGCAGCGACGGAAAAGCAGCACGCGGCGUCAAAGACAGGCACCGGCCUCAACCGACCAGCGCUAGUGACGGCCCUGAUGUUCCUGUCGCCGUAUCCGUUGCUCAUGGGUGCCUCCACCGAAGGUGCCGUGGUGGUGUGGCGAACGCUGGACUGUGUGUGCGUGCAGGGGAAGGUGCGGCACUCUCGCAACGGUGUAUCUAUUCUAUCCAUUAACAUACAUCCCUUCGUCCGAACGCGGUAUACAUUCCUUUCACGAGCAGAUGAAAACACACCCCAUGCCCGCCCGCUUGUUGUCUUCGCAAUGAGCUUCGUUCACCGUUGGCCGCCGACAGAAACGACGUUGAUCUAUGUCGGAAACGGAAACGGAGAUAUCGUGGCGGCGCACCUCUCUCCGACCGAGCUGGCGGAGCUCAGCGGGCCCGCCAAAGGCCCGGUGCCGUGUCAGAGACGGCCAAACCACAAUCCAUACCGUGCCGUGCGCGUGGAGCUCACACCACAAGUCGCCCGCUUCAGCCUUCAAGCCGCGUGUCGUGUACAAAAACAGGCGGCGGCCGGGGGAAACGGUGAAGCGGGGGUAGCAGGAGGGGUGCACGCCGACAUGCCAAGGCGGAGGCAAAAAGGUUCGUCAUCGGACGGUGUGGGCCCGAAUAAUUUCGCCGUCCCUUCUUCGGGUUUCCACUCAGCCUGGGUCGCGCAUUCUGGAGCGGUUACAAGCAUAUCGUGGAUAAAAUCGCCGCCGUCCUUGUUGUCGUCCUCAGCCGAUGGACUUGCCAAGAUCUGGAAGCCAGACGGGAGUGCGAUGCUCGGUCAGGCAAGCUUGCGUUUUGCCUCUCUGCUCAAUGAUGUAUGUGCCCGGCCCGUGCCUUGGAUGCUGUACCGCGGCUCUCAUCGACAUGGGUCGAACAAUCAGACGUGGCAUGUAGCUCCUGCCCUUGUCAGGAGCGCCUCGACACCUUCACUUAGCCAUCUCGCUGCCCUCGCGGACGGCCAUCGAAGAAUGUUCCAUGCUAUUUUCACUAGCAGUCAAAAGUCAGGCACUCUCAUUAACUGGGGAGCAACGUCAAGCGGUUUCGACCAGCAACGAUCCAAAGCGACCCCUCCACUUGAAGGUUUCAAUUCCAUGACUCUUGACCGGAUCUCUUCGCCACCGUGUCACGUUAUGCAGUUGGACAUCAACGACAGGCGGCCAGAACGAGCCAUGUACCUCGCUGCGGAGGCGUCGCGACAUUGGGCUUUCGUGCCGGGUAGCGGGGGCCCCGCCGACUGCAGACACGAAAAAGAUGACCUGGACCAAGAGAAAGUCACCCAUGACACGGCCAAGGCAACCACCGCGACCACUGACUGUGUGGUGAAGGAGACCAUCGGCAACAGCGAGGAAUUGACAGUGAAUGAUACGACCAGCAACACGAAAACCGACAGUUUCAGGGGCGGGGACGGCAACCUUGAGGGCGACCUCCACGACGACGUUGGUGUUGAAGCAGACAGCACGGGAGCGGGCCCGGGGUGGAACGAACGGAGGGGUCGGUCAGGGCGGCAGCAACAGCAGCAACAUGACAUGGACAAGCAGCGGGACAGGGAUGAGAAGACUCAUCCAGAUGGAGGAGGACUCCGAUCACCCGAUCCUACCAGGGGUAGCUCCAAACACGACAACAGCGACAUCAACAACAGCAACCGAGCGAGGACAUGGAGAAGUUGCGACGACCACGAGUGGCAACGUCCGUACCGGUGUCGAUGCGACAACCAGGAAGAGACCGACAUGCAGAGCAACAUCGAAGUCAACCAGCUGUUUGGGAGACAAGACCAAAAGCUGCAAGACUUUGAAGAGGCCUUGGAAGCAUCUUCCUCAAAAAGGACACCAAAGGCGGAGCGUUUUCACCUCGGAAGGCCGAUGUCCCUUGCGUCGAUGCAGCCUAUCAGGAAAACGCCUCUGUGCGGGAAGCGGUGGCGCACCAAGUCUGCCCCCUGGACAGCGGAAGACGAAUCGCUACUGGAGAGAUCUAUGUCGGAACAAGGCUUGCCUACGGCGGGCUCUGUCCGUGUCGGUACUCACAAGGGCAUGAGGGGCUACGUGAGACCCACCGUCGGGUCCGCGGAGGAUGCUGCGCUGAAGCGGACGAAGAGCAGGGGGGCCACGGGGGUGGUACUCAAGGGCCGGCCGUUGCGCGAGUGGCUGGCGCAACCCGAAGGAGAGUGCGUCGUUCCGUGCAUCGCUGGCACCGGCGAGCCUGCCAACGCCGUAGCUAGGGGUGCAGGAGAGUCACCAAUGGACAAGACCAUCAAGGGCCUACCGCCCGUGGCUGUUCUCGCUGGCUCGCACGGCGGCCGCCUGAUUGCCAGCGGGAUCACUAUCGCCGGGGACAGGGGAGGGGGAGGUUUUAACGUCAAAGCCGCGCGGGCGGCGGCUAGGACGGCCACGAGGCGAGCCGCUCUCGCGGAGGAGCUAGCCAAGGAAGGGGAGCGCAACAGGAGGAAGAGGAACAAGGCCGACAAGAGGGCGAGAACAACUAUUGGCACGGGUGCCUCCCGACAGCAGCGACAGGGAACUCAAAACGGACGAACAUUGCACGGUGGACGCGGUCCCUCUUCGUGGGGUAUUGGGCAGGGAGACGACUGCAAGUCCUCCAGACGAGCAAUAUUGGAUAACGAUGGAGACGGUAUUGGUGCCGCCGGUGAAACCUCACCAGGAGGGGUUCCAAACAAUGGCGGGGGAUCCUUGGCACCAUCGUUUGGAGGCAUGACUCAGUCAGUGGGCAGCGUGGGGUCUGUAGGUGGUGGCAGCAUCGUCGGGACGGAAGCGUCCGAGUCCACGGUGGCGUUACCUGCCGAGGGAGCGGCGGACACGCGAAAACUGCGAGAGUUGAAUGAGGACAGCGUUGUGUGGGUCUCUACAAGGCGGGGCUCGGGCAGAUCGUCGGCCUCUUCAAAGAACCGGCGACAACGGCAAAACCAGAAGGAAGGAUCGGGGCAAGUGGAAACGAUUCGGCGCCUGGUUCACAUGGGCCUAUUCUGAUAUAACGACGUGUCACGGCAUCAAAGCCUGCCAUUCUUGGUCGUUUGGAAGCUGGUAUUUUUCGUCAACUGAAAAGAAUCAUGAGUGGUUGUCUCUGCCAGUGCAAGCUCGCCCGACCUGCGUCUAGUUUCUUCAAACGGACAACAACAACCCCCACGAAAGUGAUGAACACGCUCGACGAGGGUUUGGUUGCUCGGUGUGCGAGCCGAGCAAAGUUGUUUUGUAUGUAAGGGCCUCCGGACGCGGAGGCCUUGGACCCCCUCUUCCUCAUGAUUAGGCUGGAAACAUCCGCGCUUUCAAGUCGAUGAUGGUGAUGAUCUGCGGUGGUAGGUUGACGAUACAUAUUCGCGAGGUCACACCAAGGGCAUGGAGCUGGAGGAAAGGUUCCCACCUCCAAACUACACAUUCCACACGUUAAACUGUAAUAACAGUUGCCGUAGAAGAGAACACGAGCGAACCAUUUGUAUAAACUACCCUGCUGUCGUCACCUGCUUGUAGUUCUUAGUAUUUCCGACAGAAGGCAGAGCCGCAGCAACCAAGCGCAGAAACAACCGAGACGACAAGCACGUCUUCUCUUGGCGGUCACAACAUGAAGGAAUAUAGUUCCAGAGAGAAAAAAAAAUUGAAAAGAAUCCACCACCAGUCAACACUACUAAGAACUAUUCUUGUAGCUUGUUUUCUUUAGACAGGUUUACAUGAUUCUAUAUAGUUGGCACAUGAAAGAGCCUAGACUCCCAUCCUGACAAUUCUUGAUCACCAUGCCCGCCGACAGAAACCCAUGGAGCAUGGAACAUAGUCUCACGACCACGGAUUGAUUGGAGCUCCUGCACGGCAGAAAUGCUGUGCGUGUGAACGCUGAAUAUUUCCGAAAAUAUUAAAGCGAUGAACUAACAAAAACGGAAAGAUAUCGUCUACCACACUAUAAUCUGCCGUCAGCGUUGUUGUUGUCUUCACAUUAAACCAAGAAGUACCAGUAGUCGCUAUUAAAAGUCGAUGACUUCGCGCUCUCGAACAAAGUCUUGUGCAUUGGCUGGCGUGAUUCUGUGAGGUGGCGUACGUACCGUGCUUAGAUUCACCUCCGGUACGGGCGAGAAGUCGGAAAUGUAUGCGUCUUUCACGGUGCUGUGACUCGGCUCGCCCUUGGAGUCUCGAGCUCGCGACAUCGCGCCGUUCGUUGUGAUCGUGAAGUUGACACGCUCAGUUCGGCGAAGACAACCGAAAAUAAUAUUUUGGCGAGGUCGCUCCCCCGCUUCCUCCGUUCUCAAGAAGACUGAAGCACAAUGUUGGGUGUAUUCAGCCCUAGAAACUGAUCUAUCUAUGGAGAUCUAGGGGGUUUCGUGUAUCAUGUUCGUAUGCGUGUGUUAUAGACGGAAGGGCGAUCCCCCUUCUGCCUUGCAUCAACUUGCAUGGCCAAGCGGGUCCUGUGCACUCGCUAAUCUCGUUAACAUCAUUUACUCUGCAACCUCUGACGCAAAGCACCCGCCAACCAACACGCAACGAGCAAAACCUUACAGCUUGGGACUAACAUCGCCAACGAUAUAGACUGGGGAUUGGACAAAAUCGGGACGUCCUUGGGGUACAAUGUGCAAAAUCGGGACGCCUUCUGAACGUGCCGCGGCGCGACGACGCACACACCCAAUACCGCACGAAAUCGCGCCACAGCGCCUCCACCCCCCGCGCACAAGGCGCGCCGACCCUCUCCAACCCUUUUUUUCCUGCUCAACAACCUAAACAGUGUAGACGCAGCCGCGUACAAAACCCUCUCCGCAGACCACCCGAUUUUGUCCUAAAACCUGCAGGGUCGACCCCUACCCCGAGAAAAACAUUAUCUCCGACCCUAUUUUGUCCAUCUGACCACCCCUUUUUGUUUACCACAGCUUGUUCGUGGGGAGAUUGAACGCGGCCAUCUCCCUGCAGCACCACUAG